AUGAAGAGAUGCAGGCAAAAUGUCACUGCAGUGCAUUGCAGAGGUGGGAAGGGUCGCACGGGCUCCUUCUGCUGCUCGUGGCUGCUGUACACGAAGGAGGCAGAGGAUGCGGAGGAUGCUCUGAACUUUUUUGCUCUACGGAGGACCGAUCUCGAGAAGAAGCGCUUGUCAAAGGUACAAGGGGUCGAGACGCCCUCCCAAGUCCGCUACGUUGGAUAUGUGGACCGUCUGCUACGAGAGCAGAUGGCGUACUUGCCUUCAGUGGUCAGCAUGCCACGCUUGGAGGAGGUGCUGCUAGCCAGCGUGCAGGCCACCAAGUUUUUCACCGAGCAGUUCGAAAUGCUGCAUCGAGGCCAUCACCUCGUGGCAGUGCUCCAGGACGCAAGCACUGGCAGAUCAAUCGCAUCAGCCCUCGGCCAGAACGAUGGAGAUGCCAAGAUCUGGCAUUUCGGCGAAGCAAGACUAAGCGGUGAUGUCGGUUUAAUCGUGUACACGUGCCACCCCGACGGCCUUCCCAUGGACAAGGAGCAGGCAUCUGCCCUCAUUUCAGAGGGAGCAUGGCAAGGAUCGGGGAAACGCAAGCUCAAAGAAGCUUUCGGCUGCUUUUUUCAUGUCAAUUUCCUGGACGGCGAUGUCCUCGAGAUUCCGGCAACCGAGACUGACCAGGCGUGCAAGCGGCCCGAACUGUUCUGCCCGAAGGGCAUCCUCAACUUGGUCUGCAAGCGAGCCUGA